AUACUUUCCACCAAAGCAGGCCACGCAGACACACACCAGUGCACACAUUAGUCCAUAAUAAAUGACAAAAAAUUCAUAGCAACUUUCUGGCCUGUAUGUUCUUCUCCACUUGAAGCCUCAGAUACUGAUCGGCUUCAAGUGGGAAGAAAUGGCGGCAAUUAAGCUUAAUGGAGGGGUAGCUCCUGGGAUUUCUGGUACAAAAUGCGAAAGAAGAGUGAUAAAGAAAGCCUUUAGAGUUGGAAUUUUGAGUGGGAUUUCUAGCAAUCAUCAUUUUCUUGGAGUGAGUCAGAGGGAAGGGUUCAGAUUCAAUAAUGCUGUUAAGAAUUGUGCUUAUGUAAGUGAUCAAGGUGCUCUGGAGUAUGAGAUUGGUACUUCUGGUGCACAGGAAAGGUUUACAUCAACCAGAGAGAAGCUCAUCAAUGGAUCAAAUGAAGGAGCAAUUGCAUUGACAGGAAUAUCUUCAGAACAGCAACACACCCCAAGUGUCCAAACUGAGCUUAUUAUGCUAUCUGUACCAGCUAUUGCGGGACAAGCAAUUGAACCACUGGCACAACUUAUGGAAACAGCUUACAUCGGAAAGCUAGGUGCAUUGGACUUGGCAUCUGCUGGGAUAUCGAUAUGCAUAUUUAACAUUAUAUCAAAGGUAUUCAAUAUCCCUCUCCUUAGCGUGGCAACUUCAUUUGUCGCUGAAGACAUUUCUAGGCAAGGCAAUGAAGAAUCUUCUUCAGAUGAAAGAAUGACACUUCCCUCUGUCUCUACUGCCUUGGUGUUGUCCAUGGGAAUUGGUUUGUUUGAGGCUGCAGCAAUGUUUUUUGGAUCAGGAGUGUUUCUCAGCAUGAUGGGUAUAUCAAUGGCUUCUCCGAUGCGGAUACCAGCAGAACACUUUCUUAAACUUAGAGCACUUGGUGCACCAGCUGUUGUUCUUUCUCUGGCUAUUCAGGGCAUCCUACGUGGUUUUAAGGAUACUCGGACUCCUGUUCUAUGUUUAGGGCUUGGAAAUUUUGCAGCUGUAUUCUUCUUUCCAGUAGCAAUGUAUGUUUUCCAAUUGGGAGUAACUGGUGCAGCCAUUUCCACAGUCGCAUCUCAAUAUAUUGUGACCCUGUUGAUGCUAUGGCAUCUAAAUAAGAGAACGGCAUUGUUGCUACCCAGUUUGAAAAGUUUGCACUUUGGUGACUACUUAAAAUCUGGUGGUUUUCUUCUUGGAAGAACUCUUGCUGCUGUCCUGACUGUGACUCUUAGCACAUCAAUGGCUGCUCGUCAAGGAGCCUUAUCCAUGGCUGCCCAUCAAAUAUGCUUGCAAGUAUGGUUGUCUGCAUCUCUCCUCGUAGAUGCCCAAGCUGCAGCCGGCCAGGCACUCAUUGCAAGUUCUUUAGCAAAACGUGAUUAUGGAAGAGUAAAAGAAAUUACUUAUAUGGCUAUAAAGACAGGAUUAUUCACUGGCAUUUCUAUAGCUGUUAUAUUGGGUCUGUCUUUUCCUUCAAUAGCCAAGUUGUUCACCAAUGAUGUGCAAGUGCUGGAUAUUGUUAAGUCCGGAUUACUGUUUGUCAGUGCCAGUCAACCUCUCAAUGCUUUAGCCUAUAUUUUUGAUGGGCUGCAUUAUGGAGUUUCAGAUUUCCCAUUUGCAGCUUGCUCCAUGAUGGUCGUGGGGGCAAUAUCAUCAGCAUUUCUGCUAUAUGCUCCUUCAAUAGUUGGUCUUACAGGAGUUUGGUCUGGUUUGACAAUCUUCAUGGGGUUGCGUACUGUGGCCGGAUAUACGAGACUAUUAGCAAAGGAUGGACCAUGGUGGUUCUUGCAGGAAAAUAAGAAAACGGAGGUCGGUGACAUGAAACUGUAUUCAUAAGCAUCAGGACACUUUCUUUCUGUGUUUUUGCCAGAAGCUCUGAUUGAGUUGGUUAUCUAUUUCGGUAGUUCUAAAUAUGUUUUCUAAACCUCUGCAAAAACGACAGUUUGUUUUGUAUAUAUGAUAAGGCUUUCAAUGAAAAGAUAGGAAUAGGCUA